AUGGCUACCGCCACAGCCACCGCUACGGCCACAACUACGGCAUCCCACCGCCUCCUCUUCUCCACCUCCCGACCCAUCUCGCGCCCGAGCCGCCUCAGCCCGUCCGCCGUCUCCGGAGCCGCCGGGAAGAGGCGCCCCGCCUCGGCGGCCGGAAACGUCCGCGUCCGGUGCAUGGCGGUGGCGGAGGGGGAGAAGACAAAGAAGAGGAGCGGGUACGAAAUCCAGACGCUGACCAACUGGCUGCUGAAGCAGGAGCAAUCGGGCGCCAUCGACGCCGAGCUUACCAUAGUCAUCUCGAGCAUCUCCAUGGCCUGCAAGCAGAUAGCCUCUCUCGUUCAGAGGGCCGGGAUUUCUAACCUCACCGGAGUUCAGGGCGCGGUAAAUGUGCAGGGAGAGGAUCAGAAGAAGCUCGACGUCGUGUCCAACGAGGUUUUCUCAAACUGCCUGAAAUCGAGCGGGAGGACAGGGAUCAUAGCCUCGGAGGAGGAGGAUGUUCCGGUGGCUGUGGAGGAGAGUUAUUCCGGAAACUACAUUGUCGUGUUCGAUCCUCUCGAUGGAUCGUCCAAUAUAGAUGCUGCUGUCUCAACUGGCUCGAUAUUCGGGAUAUACAGUCCGAACGAUGAGUGCCUUGCUGACGUUGGGGAUGAUGAAACGCUCGGCACCACGGAACAAAGGUGCGUCGUGAACGUUUGCCAGCCUGGCGACAACUUGCUUGCUGCAGGGUACUGCAUGUACUCAAGCUCCGUAAUAUUCGUGAUCACGCUCGGUAAAGGUGUGUAUGCCUUCACACUCGACCCAAUGUUCGGCGAAUUUGUCCUCACACAAGAGAAAAUCCAAAUACCCAAAUCGGGAAAGAUUUACGCUUUCAACGAGGGAAACUAUCAGCUGUGGGACGACAAGCUAAAGAAGUACAUAGAUGACCUCAAGGACCCGGGCCCCACCGGGAAGCCUUAUUCAGCCCGCUACAUCGGCAGUUUGGUCGGAGAUUUUCACCGGACUUUAUUGUACGGAGGAAUUUACGGUUACCCGAGAGACAAAAAGAGCAAGAAUGGUAAAUUGAGGCUCUUGUACGAGUGUGCGCCUAUGAGCUUUAUUGUGGAGCAAGCGGGCGGGAAAGGGUCGGAUGGGUAUCAAAGGAUUCUCGAUAUUCAGCCAACGGAGAUACAUCAACGGGUACCGUUGUACAUUGGGAGCAUGGAGGAGGUGGAGAAGUUGGAGAAAUACUUAGCUUGA